GCUUGACUGUCUUCCUGUAACGUCAAUUAUUAAUAAAUAUAUUGUGUGUUUUGUAUGAUCUCCUGUGAUACUUACUCACCUGCAUCACCGGCCACAAAUUGGUAACCCCGACGUGAUCGUGGAAGUUUCAACUGAAGCUGUAUUACCUGAAAAAGAUAAGACGCAUUAAAGAUGGCCGAAGACGCGCAAAAUGCGGAUCUACAACAAAGAGAAGGAGAUGCACAACAGGAAAUCCUGGCUUGCCGAGCCACUAAAUCGCCUCCUUUUAACAAAAACAAUGUAAGAGCAUGGCUAGCUUUUAUGGAAAUGAAUUUGAGGCUGAACGGAUUACCAGUGAUCGGACAAGGUUUAGGCGCACAGCGCUGGCAUUAGACGCACAAGUGGUCGAACAAGUCUCCGACCUGAUAACUGAUCCCCCAGAGACCGACAGGUAUUCGACUUUGAAGAACAGACUACUUGCUAUUUUUGGUGAGUCCGAACGUGCUAGGUGGCAUAAACUGCAAGAACUAGAAUUAGGAGAUCAGAAGCCGUCAAUGCUUCUGAACUCCAUGAGGCGACUCGCAGGAGAUCAGCUUGGAGACGGUGCUCUGCAAAACAUGUUUCGCGACAAAUUGCCUGAACAAAUUAGAAUCUUACUAGCCAUGGAACCUGAGCCAGAGCUAGAAAAACUGGCAGCUCGAGCUGAUCGCAUGAUCGAGGCUACAAGAUCUCAUGUGGCUCAGAUCUCAUCGAAGGACCCUGCAGUACAACAGGAGGCUCACCACGAGGAACACCUCGAAGCCUUCAGUAGAGGACCGCCACGCAAGGGCAGGACGCAAAAUAAUUGGCAACCACCACCUACGAAUAAAGGUAAGUUUAACAAUCGUUCAGAUUAUGUUUGUUUUUAUCAUCGUAGGUUUGGAUACAAUGCCCGCAACUGCGAGGGUAACUGCGCUUUCAAACGCAAACAACCAGCCACAAUAGAGGUACUAAGAGGUGUCUCCAAAUCCAACCGAUUAAUUAUCAGCGACAAGAUCAACCGCUUAAACUUUCUUGUCGACACCGGAGCGGAGAUCUCAGUUCUCCCAAAAAGAAGCUGCAAAGGAGUCAGCAGAGAAACGGGUUACAAGCUCUAUGCGGCUAAUGGCACAGCCAUAAAGACAUUUGGCACCCGAGUUCUGGCUCUUGAGCUCGGUCUACAGAAGCAGUACCAUUGGGAGUUCUGUGUGGCCGAUGUGGAACAUCCUAUCAUCGGGGCCGACUUUCUAAAAUGUCAUAACCUGACUGUCGACCUAAAAAAUCGACGUCUAUUGGAUGUGGCCUCAUGUCAUCAAACAACGGGGAAAGUAGCUCAAUUAUCCAUUCCCAUAGCCACCAUUCACAAAAACAAUCCCAUGCACAAACUCUUAGCUCAGUUUCCAGAUAUCACCACGCCUAGGAAAACAGAUGUUCGAGUCAAGCAUCAGGUAGUACAUCACAUUGAGACAACGGGCCCACCCGUGGCUCAACGCUAUCGGAGGCUAGAUCCCGAGAAACUCAAGGUAGCAAAAGCUGAAUUCAAUCUGAUGGUGGAUCAAGGCAUCUGCCGUCCGUCAAAAAGCCCCUAUGCAAGUCCAUUACACAUGGAACGAAAGAAAUCGGGUGAUUGGAGACCCUGUGGGGACUAUCGAAGACUGAAUGCAGUAACAAUCCCUGAUAAAUAUCCAGUGGCGCACAUACAUGACAUCACCAGCGAUCUUAGAGGCAAGAAGGUUUUCUCGACCAUCGACCUGAAAAGAGCUUAUCAUCAAAUCCCAAUGGCAGCGGAGGAUAUUCCCAAGACGGCAGUCAUCACGCCAUUCGGACUUUUCGAAUUUAUCAUGAUGCCCUUCGGUCUACGCAAUGCUACACAGACUUUUCAAAGGUUCAUGGAUGAAGUACUUAGGAACCUACCAUUUGCUCACUGCUACAUCGACGACCUGCUGAUUGCCUCAAAAGAUGAAACAGAACAUGUGGAACACUUACGACUAGUUUUCAAUCGGCUCAGGGACUACGGCCUCACUAUCAACCCGGACAAAUGCCAAUUUAACAAAUCUAAAUCCGGACAAAUGCCAAUUCAACAAAUCUGA